GUAAGGCUUGCUUUCCUUUUCGGUCUUUUGCUUAAAUUCUAGCACUUUCCUACUUCCUUUUGUACAGGUGUCAUUCAAGUUAUUUAUGAGCGGUCAUUCCGGAAGAGCUAAUUCUCCUACUGCCAGACCCUAACCCUAAAGUUGUAUCGUUUUUGACUCUGCAGAUAAGGAAUAGGCAGUGAAGUUAUGGUAGAAAGCAACAGCUCUAGUGAAGAAGUGUCCAAUAUGCCUUAUGAAGAAUCUACUACUCAGUUCGUGUGUGGGGACGACUGCGAUAAAAUAAACACCCCUGAAAAUCCAGAACAGAAAUCUUUCGUGUGUCCCGUCUGUUUUUCUGACUUUAUAAUUGGUGAUCCGGAUGCCUCUAUUAUGAAAUUUUCGUGCGGGCAUAUGGCCUGCUGCGUCUGCUCUUCGCAGUAUACUAGAACUCAGAUUUGCGAUCGUGUCAUAAAUAUACGUUGUAUUUAUCCCGAUUGCAAAACUUUUAUCCAAAUGCACGAAAUAGCCCUCCUAAAUACACCCGAUUUAGUAGAACGAUACGAUAAGAAUUGCUUAGAGAAUUAUUUAUCCCUCGAACCUUCUUGCCGCCGUUGUCCGCAGCCAGACUGCGACUACUGCGUAUUUAUACACGAAGAUGCCGCCAAUUUCAUAUGCGAAAAGUGCCGAACGAACGUCUGUGCGAGCUGCGGUGAAAAGUUUCAUAAAGGCAAAUGCAAAGAAAAAGUUGUGCCUUUGAUUCUUCCGUCUGAUUCAGAAGAGGAAACCUUGGAUUUUUCCGUACGACGGGCACGUGACGCCGAGCAGUGCAAGCAAUGCCCCCGCUGUCGUACUUGGGUUUUAAAAAUCGACGAUGGUGGUUGCAAUCACAUUAAGUGCCACUGCGGCUGCGACUUUUGUUGGUUGUGUAAUAAAGAAAUUGUGGAAGCCGGUCACUUUUUGACAUUUUCCGGAUGCACGUACUUUUCUAGGAAACCGUGGAAUAAAGGAAGAAGAGUUGCGAUAGAAACAGGGGUAUACACUUUGGCUCCCCUUGCUAUCUCCAUGGCGGCCGUAGCAGCUAUUCCUUCGGUCGCCAUCGGCCUUCCUAUAUACAUCGUUAAAAAGUCCCGUAAGAAAGAGGACUCUCUAAAAAAAACUUUUACUAAGGGAGUGCUUGCUAUGCUUGUUUCCCCCAUUAUUGGAGGGCUGACCGCAGCUUUUGUUAUUCCAGCAGCGUUGUUAUAUGUUUACGUUUAUAACCCAGCUUGCACAGUCCAGCAAAAAAUAUUAAACAAGAAACACCGAAAGAAAAAAUGUCCUGUUGUGACGUUUCCGCCGUCGCAGAACGAUAAAGAAGAAACAAUACUCGCAAAUGAACACUCCAAGUUUAAAUUGAAAUGUUUUAAAUCGUUACAAAAAACACCUCAACUGUCGCUAGCAGCCCCGUCUCAGUCAGAGGCAGCCGCACAGUUUGCUAGCACUGGUCUUCAUCUCAGAUAA